AUGGUGACUCAGCACCCUCAGCACGAAAGGCGAGACGCGACAGAAGAGGAGAUCAAAGAGCUGCGACACGUCGUAGAUUCAGUUUCGUUAGCAGUCUGGGUCGCACUCGUUGCUAAUGCUACGGAGAGAUUCACCUUCUAUGCCGUAACAACGCCAUGGCAGAACUACAUACAGAAUCCCGCUGAUAGCGUCGUUGUUCCUGGCGCUUUGGGGCUAGGGCAGGCAACUGCUACAAACAUUACUAGUGCAUUUCUCUUCUUGUGUUUCCUUCUCCCGACUGUCUGGGCUGUCAUCUCGGACACAUGGCUGGGGCGUCAUAGAACGCUUUGCUUGAGCUACUUUUUGAACUUUUGCGGCUGUUUGAUCAUCUUUGUUACGUCCCUGCCGGCCUUUAGCCACUCCCAGAUCACCAAGGUGGUGGGACUGGGGUUUGCCAUGAUUGUCCUUGGAAUUGGCACUGCCGGUGUAAAGGCUACCGCCUCCCCAUUCAUAGGUGACCAAUACGCUGAAACUGCUCCUCAAGUUAUCACCACCAAGAAAGGGGAGCUCGUUAUUGCAGACCGGGCGCUCACACUUCAGUAUAUUUACAACGUGUCAUACUGGCUCACCAAUAUAGCAAGCUUAUCACUUGUUGCCUCCACCUAUUUAGAGAAGCUCGUGGGAUUUUGGGCUGCGUAUUUGCUACCUCUUUGCGCGACCUGGACACUGGUACCUUUACUUCUAAUCUUUCACAAAUCGCUCAUUAAACAAAAACCUCAAGCAAACAUCCUUCCGCGCGCGUCCCGAGUUAUCGUUUGUGCGGGAAGACACAAGUUUGACUGGGAAGCUGCUACACCAGUCUACCAGUCAGAGAAGUUUGGCCGCCAGGUCGAGUGGGAUGACAAAUUUGUUUUUGAGAUCAAGAGAGCAGGGCAAAUGAGGCUCGGUGGUAUCCCCAACGAUACUAUCCAAGCUCUAAACUCUAUCGCUUGCGUACUGCUGGGACCAAUCAUGCAGAGAUUUGUGUAUCCCAUUGUCCGCGGUCGGGGAUUCGCUUUUGGCCCAAUUGCGCGCAUAACAUGGGCCUUCAUCAUGAUGAGUACUGCAAUGGCAUAUGCUGCUGGAGUUCAAAAGCUCAUCUACACUAAGGGGGCUUGCUACGAUAAGCCCUUGCAGUGUGAAAAGUCGCCCAACGACGUGAGUGUCUGGAUUCAGUCGCCCGUCUACUUUCUCCUCGGAGUCGCCGAGAUUCUGGGCUUCACAACUCUUGCCGAGUACAGCUAUUCUGAGGCACCUAGGAACAUGCGCAGCUUAGUACAAGCCAUGGCCCAGCUGAGUUCGGGCGCUGGCUCUGCGCUUGGGAUGGCAUUCUCGCCAUUGUCAAAGGAUCCUCAGAUUCUCUAUCUCUACACGGGUUUGUCUGUGACAAUGAUUACGACAGCGCCUACCUUCUGGUUGGUAUUCCGUGCGUAUGAUGAUAGAGUAUUUGAAGAAGCACACUCGAGCGAUAACGGAAGUAAUCAGGCGGCAGAGCCAAUGGUUUCUGGACCGUCCAAUGCUGCCGAAACAGGAGAAAAGGGCGAUGGCGCCAAAGCAUCUGCCUAA